AUGCCUCCAAAGCGCCAGCCAAAGGCCCAACCAGAAAAGAAAGUCGCCCCGGCGCCAAAACCAACGACGACAAGUCGGAAGAGGAAGGUCGCGGAAGUCGCAAAAGAGGCGUCGCAAAAGCCUGCAAGGGAUGUCAAACGUCAAAAGGAUGUAUCAAUUCUAAAUCACCCCCCAACACAACGUCUAGACGUAUACGUAUUCGGCACAAACUGCUACGGUGAGCUCGGUCUUGGCGACGCGAGCAAAAAGUCUGAGAUUCCCGGUCCAGUACUCAAUCCCAAGCUUAGCGCGAAGGAUGUUGGUGUUGUACAUCUUGCUAUCGGGGGCGUUCAUUCGGCCGCGCUUACACACGACAAUAAAAUCCUGACUUGGGGCGUGAAUGACGAGGGGACGUUGGGGAGAGAUACCAAGGAAGAAAACCCCAAGCUUAAGGAAGUGAAGGAUGGCGAAGAUGGAUCAGACUCGGAAGACGAUGAUGAGGUUACUCUUAACUUGAAAGAAGCUACACCGACGCCUGUGGACGCGUUGCAUUUUCCCGAGGGGACGGUUUUCACUCAGUUAGUCGCGACGGAUAGCGCGACUUUUGCGCUUACUACUGAAGGACUCGUCUAUGGCUGGGGCACAUUUAGAGGCGCAAACGGUGUAAUUGGAUUCUCACCCGACACAAAAUUCCAAAGAACACCCGCCCUCAUCCCCGAUCUCACAAAAGUAACAAAACUCGCCGCAGGAGCACAGCACAUCCUCGCUCUCACAUCCACCGGUACCGUGUUUACCUGGGGCUGCGCGGAACAAAGCGUACUCGGACGACGAUUAUCAGGUCGACUGCACAAAUCACACAACCUGACCCCGGGCCUCUGUGCGCUUCCAUCGGGUACUGUCGAGAUCGGGGUAGGAGCGUACCACUCCUUUGCUAUCCGGAAGAAUGGCCAUGUAUACGCCUGGGGAUCGAAUAACUUCGGACAAACAGCCAUCCCCCAAAGCGCCGGACAAAACGACGCGAUAGUCACCUACCCGACUGAGAUCCAAAGUUUUCGCAAACAGCCCAAAGUAAUUUCGAUUUCUGGCGGAAAGGACCACAGUGUUGCAGUUACGGAGCAGGGCAAAUGUUUAUCAUGGGGCCGUAUCGACAACAAGGCUCUCGGCCUUGGACUCGACCAGAUGCCAGAAUCGGAAAUCAUCUAUGACGAGUACGACAGGCCGCGGAUUCUGAAGACGCCAACUCCUAUUACCGGUGUUGAUGAUGAGAUUGUCUUCGCGACGGCUUCGUCAGAUCAUUCUUUUGCGAUUACCAACAAGGGACAAGCGUAUAGUUGGGGAUUCAAUGUUCAGUAUCAAGCUGGGCAUAGGAAUAUGGAUGAGGUUGAGAGACCGACUUUGCUUCAGAAUAAGCAUGUUGAUGGGAAAGUGCUGGUUAGGGCUGCUGGUGGUGGGCAGUUUAGUAUGCUGAUGGGCAAGUAUGUGCCGGAACAGAAUGGUGUAUGA